CCGAUUCGCCAACUGAGACAGUAAGGGCUUGGAAACAGAAUGCCUACAGGCACAUUUAUAUCAGAAUCGUAGGUGCGUAACCCCACUAAGUAUUUCCGUUUAUAGCUCUUUUUUUUUACACAUCGAGCAAUAAUGUACGCAAUAAUGCGUGGUAGCUAUAGACCAUUUCAUCAUUUCGAAGCACCGCUUCAGCUAGUUCAAGAGAAGGCUGCGAGAUAACAGCUGACUGCUUUGUCGACGUGACCACAUUUGCUAGCAAAAGACAACUUGCUAAUCGUUCGCGCAUGGGAUUUGCCUGAGUCAAACCGUUCAAUUGUCUUUCUUAGUUUUGCUUUUUAAGAAAGCGGAGAUGAUCUAUCGGAGUGUGUUACAAAAGGCCUUUCGGCGUUGUGCAAAAACCGCAGUACACAAGCCGCACCUAUCCUCGAUGGCUCCUUUAUCUUCAGCAGUUCCGCCUCCACCUACGAAGGGCGAAAUGUUAUCGCGACAGAAGGAAUUACCUCCCUUGCCGUUGCCUCCAUUAAAGGAAACUGUUGACAAGUAUCUCCACAGCGUGCAGCCUUACCUUACUCCUGAUGAACUGAACGUUACCAAGAAGUUAGCUGACGAAUUCGUGGCUCCUGGCGGUGUGGGUGAGACUCUUCACAAACUUCUCGCUAAGCGUGCUGCGAAGGAAGACAAUUGGCUCUCCGGGUGGUGGCUCAAAGGCGCCUAUCUGGGAUAUAGGAACCCAGUUGUUGUGUAUUCAUCGCCAGCUAUGGUGAUGCCUCGACAGGAAUUCCGAAGCCCUAAGGACCAACUUGCAUAUACUGCAUCGCUGAUUCAAGCUGUGCUUGAUUUUAAGGCCCAUAUCGACAAUGAAACAAUGUCGACAGAAGUGCAAGGAACAGCUCCCUUAGACAUGAUGCAGUACAAGAACAUUUUCGCUAGUUGCAGAGAGCCCCACCUUCCACUUGAUAAACUUCACUUGGCCAAAGAUAGCCGGCAUAUCGUAAUUGCACAUCAAGGAAAUUUCUACGAGGUUACAGUAUAUAGUAAUGGGGAACAGCUCAAGACGGAACAGAUCCUUGCCCAGUUACAACAGAUCAUUGAGGAUAGCCACAGACGAGGAAAAGGUCACCAGGUCGGAUUACUGACAACAUGGCAUCGUGAUCUUUGGGCAAAUUCCUUUGCAAGGCUGUUUGAGAAUCCUACUAAUCGCGCAAGCCUAGCCACCCUCAGGGAUGCCAUCGCGCUUGUGUGUUUGGAUGACCCACUAAAAGAUGUACAUCUUCCGUGGGAGAGCGUAGCUGCCCAUCAACUUUUAGAUGGAGGUAUAGAUGGUGUAAACGCUGGAAAUCGAUGGUGCGAUAAAACCAUCCAGCUUAUUGUCGGAGUGGAAGGCAACGUCGGCAUUCUCUACGAGCAUUCACCUGCAGAAGGGCCCCCGGUUGCCAAUCUUGUCGAUUUCUGCGUGAAGCAGGCGUCUAUCUGGCCUCUCCCCGCUAAAGAUAGUCCGUGCAAACCCAAGCAUUUAGAAUUUAUUAUCAACAAAACAAUCGAAGAUGAUAUUGAAAAGGCUCGUUCGGACUUGAAGACUCUGACAAAUGAUCUCGAACUGAAUCUUUAUUCCUACGAGAAAUAUGGGAAGGACUUCGUGAAGUCGUGUAAUUUAAGUCCCGACAGUUUCAUCCAAAUGGCUAUACAAUUAGCAUUUUACAGGGCACAUCAAAAACCAGGAGCCUGUUAUGAGACAGCAACCCUCCGAAGAUUUCUCGGAGGACGAACAGAAACUAUCCGUAGCUGUUCUCAGGAGAGCAGCGACUUCUGCAGUAAAUUCCUCGACUUGGAGACCAACGCCAAGGUCAAAGCGGAGAGUUUAAGAAAGGCUGUCACCGCUCAUAAAGCUUAUACGAAUAUGGCCAUCCGUGGACAGGGUGUAGAUCGUCUUUUCUUUGGCAUGAAGAUGAUGGCUGCCGAGGCUAACAUACAAAUUCCGAGCUUUUUCUUCGACAAGGCCAUGGUCGUCUCAACACACUUCCGUCUUUCUACCAGUCAGGUGCCAGCUAAAUCGCGUUCCGUGAUGUUCUACGGACCCUUGGUACCCGAUGGAUACGGUUGCUGUUAUAAUCCCAUGAAUAAUAGAAUCCUUUUCGGUUUGUCAGCGUUCAAAAGCUGUGCCACAACAGAUCUAUCAAGAUUUCGUGAUUGCCUUGAGUAUAGUCUUAAUGUAAUGGGCGACUAUCUACGAGCCGAAAGUAUAACGUCAAAAUUAUGAGCAAGGUCCAGUUUCUCGCUGAAAGUAAAGCCUCAAACGUACACAGUAGUACAACGAAGAUUUACCACUAAUAUGUGUUAAUCUGGCUACAAAACCUGUCAUACCUUCACGCUCUGGAUGUCUAGCUGCUGACAAUAGACAAAGCACAAAUGUGGACUCAAAAGCAUCUCCAUGGGUACUCGCUUGCCGCUAAAAGGUGAAAUAUAGUAAAAAAAUUUUACACCAGACAGCGUUCAGGAAAGUAAGUAACAAGAUGAAUCCAUUGAUUCUAAUGUCAAAAACUCACCUGAAAUCUGUGUGUUAAACAAGACUGGUUGGUGUGCCAAACAAGCGUGCUACAUUGAAGUCGCGCGUGCAGUUUUUUUUCCAGAUAUUUUCGAAGUAAAGCGUUUUACAACCGUGUGUUACAACCGUGUGUUUAACUAUUUACUGCUGAAUUUGUAAUAAAAAAAUCCUUACAUUUCUUGUGGUCGUAAAAAUUAUACAGCGGUAUCUUUUAUUCAUGUAAUAUUCCAAUAUGUACAACGCAAAGUACCUACCUAUAAAAGGAAUACUCUACUGGA